CCAAAAAAUCACAGAAGUAUUCACUUGACUUGAGUUAUUCAAAGUUCCAACAAAAAUGGUGGAGAAAUUCUUACCUGUUGGACGAUUCCAUAGUCUUCGCAGUAGUGACCCAGUUCUCCUCCUAUCUGGUCCACUUUCAUCCGGAAAAACGUCUUUACUUUUCCAGUUCGCUAUUAACUCAGCAACAGAGAGUAGGGAGGGUAAUGUAGUCUUCAUUUGCAACCGUCGUAAGUUGGAAACAAAACCCCCGUAUCUUGCUGAACGAAUUGAUCCAUCCUCUGAUAUUUUUGAACGUAUACAGAUGAAGUAUAUAGAGGACGAAGAAGGAAUUAAGAAAUACUUUGCUGCAUUUCAUAUACAUGAUAAUCCUGCUCCAAUUUCAGUUAUUAUUGAUGAUUUUGCUGAUUUUUUUAAUGAAGGAAAAUGCCAAGAGAAAUACAACAAUAAUCGAGGAAAAGAUUUUGCUAUGGUUCGAGUAUUAGCACUAUGUAAAAAUGCAAUUAUGUAUGCUAAUCAAAAGGGGCCAUUGCCAUGUCAGCUUCUACUCUCUGAUACUCAUUAUAAUGGAGAUUCCCCGAGAUUGCUAUAUAUUUACAAAAGAUGGGUUUCCUCUAUUUACACAAUUAAAGCGGAUGGUUUUGGAUCAUAUCUUAUUAGGAGUAGCAGUAACAAUUUUGCAAGGGCAAAAACUGCAAAAUAUUCCAUUGCUCUUCAGUAUUUGGUAUUGGAAGGUACUACUGAAGACGAAGAGCAAUCGGUUGAAUGAGUAUUUUAGGUUUAUCAUUAUUAUUGUGCAACAUUCCCCUUUUGUAAUGACCCAACUAUGGUUCUUUCCCUUUUGCAGCUUACUGCUCCUUGUAUGUCUCCUACUUUAAGUUAAUAUAAUGUUCGCUU